AUGGAUCCGUCGGUUGAGCCCAUCCGCGGGCUGGACCUGGGCGUGGCACACAGCAAGCUCCUUCUUCGCACUGUAUCUGAUGUGCGGUCAAACGCCGAGCUGCAGCACGCGGGGGUGGCCGACGGGGAGACGAAGAAAAUGAACAUGUGCCAGGCCGUCAACGAUGCCAUGCGCACGGUGCUGGCAACAGAUGAGACGUCGGUGGUGUUUGGCGAGGACGUGGCCUUUGGCGGAGUGUUCCGGUGCUCGGUCGGACUGGCCGAGGAGUUCGGGCGCGAGCGCAUUUUCAACACGCCGCUGACCGAGCAGGGCAUCGCCGGGUUCGGCAUUGGGCUGGCAGCCAUGGGACACACGGCGAUUGCCGAGAUCCAGUUUGCCGACUACAUCUUCCCGGCGUUCGACCAGAUCGUUAAUGAGGCAGCAAAGUACCGGUACCGGUCCGGCAACGAGUUCGAUGUCGGCGGCCUGACGAUCCGCACGCCGUGCUCGGCGGUGGGCCAUGGCGGACACUACCACUCGCAGAGCCCCGAGGCGUUCUUUGCGCACGUGCCUGGGCUCAAGGUCGUCAUGCCCAGAUCCGCCGUGCAGGCAAAGGGCCUGCUGUUGUCGGCGAUCCGCGACAAGAACCCUGUGGUGUUCUUCGAGCCCAAGAUCCUCUACCGGUCGGCCGUCGAGCAGGUGCCUGUCGACGACUACGAGCUGCCGCUGGGCAAGGCCGAGGUGCUCAAGCCCGGAAAGGACGUGACUGUGGUUGGCUACGGGUCCCAGAUGUAUGCUCUGGAGAACGCGGUGCAGAUGAUUGAGCGCGACAUGCCUGGCGUCUCGUGCGAGCUGAUCGAUCUGCGCACAAUCCUGCCCUACGAUAUUGACACCGUGAUGGAGUCGGUGAACAAGACCGGCCGCCUGGUUGUUGCCCAUGAGGCCCCGAGGACCCAGGGCUUUGCUGCCGAGCUGGCCGCCGAGGUCCAGGAGCGCUGCUUCCUAAGGCUUGAGAGCCCGGUCCAGCGUGUCUGCGGUCUGUUUGUGCCGCACCCGCUGGUGUUUGAGCGCAUGUACAUGCCAUGUGCCGUCAGGGUAUAUGAGGCGAUCAAGAACUCGUUGUCGUAUUGA